UCUACAUGAGCAAGUCACAAACAAUAGUCUUUUCUUUGCAGAUGUCAUGAGAGGGAGAGGCGUAUGGCCGAGCAGAUUGCAGGCCAAUCCCCACCAGGCCCGGCUUUGCCCACGCCUGACCAAGUGCUGCUGCGCCUUGUCAAGGCCUUUGGAGCGGAGAAGGUUGGUGAGACAGGCUAUGACCUGGCAGCCACCAGAUGCCUGUCGGAUGCAGAGAAGAACGAAGCACGGCGGCGAGGCAGUUCGUUGCUCUAUGGGGAGAUGUUGCCCGAUGGCGUCUCCAAGGCUUUGCAUGUCUCCCGCCUCGGCGAAGCCUUGCGGGAAGGCUCCAUGGUCUUGGAACUCGGUAUGGGCAGUGGAACGGUGGCCAUGCAGAUCUUCUUACAGAGCGCUUCAGUAAGGAAAGUCGUGGGAGUUGAAAUUGUACGCUCUCGAUACAUGAUCGCAGAGGCUGCCUUACAACGGCUCGCCAACGAAGAACCCCACAGCUUUAGGAUCACAGAACACAUCUCCGGCCAGAGGAUCACCUUGGAGGAGGCCACCACUGGCAGGAGCUUGCAGUGCCACUGCGCAGAUUUCUUCUCGAUGGGCUUGGACUUGGUUCAGAACUGUGAUGUGAUUUUCUUCGCUGUGAAUAUUCCCUGGAAGCUGUUCCAGCAGCUGUGCCAGAGGCUUACAGAAGUCAAGGAAGGCUGUCGACUCUUUACCUAUCAUCGUCUUGACACCGUUUGGUGGACGGAAGACCCCUGCCCUUUCCAUCAAGUGGAGGUGAAUAUUCCGGAGACCGACACAUUUUCCACCUCGUGGUCACCCCACGGGUUCAGGUUUUACGUGUACAUUUGCGAUCGCAAGCGUGAGUCCAGCAUCAAGGCUGACGUGCUCAACGAGACGUUUUCGGAGUGGCAGGUGAUGUGGGAUGAACCAAGUCAAAGCUACUACUUCCACAACCAGGAGACAGAAGCAUCACAGUGGGAGAUGCCGCGUACCGCCGGAGCAUGGCAAGUGCAUUGGUCCGAGGAGCACCAGGCGUGGUUCUUUGUGCACGGGUUUUCCGGGCAUGCUCAAUGGGAGGCUCCCAAGUGUCUGGCGGACCUGGGCUGGAGCUGGGCCUAUGGUAACCCAGAGAUGCAACAGCUUUAGGUUUUCUGAGGCUCGAAAGAAGCGGGCGGCUUUUACGGUUUAUGCGUGUAUUAUUUUGCUUCUGAGCUGCAAAGUUUGCCGCACCCACAAUGAGGGGACUUAGGCAAUUCGGAAGGUACUGACACUGAAGGUAAAA